ACCGCAUCCACUCCCUCGUGGAAAAGAGCCCCUGUCCAGGCGCCGUGGAGCCGAGCCGCACGGAAAGCCUCGGGAGCCAGUCGAAAGCACUUGGACGCACGCUGCCCUGGCGCGAGACCGCGCAGCCCCGGCCGUCUGGCGCAUCGCAAUGGAGAAGAGACUGGCCCGAGAGACGUUCAAGGAUGCCAUUCGGACCUUGAACACCCUUCAGACCAAUGCCAGCUACUUGGAGCAAGUGAAGCGUGGGCGGGGGGACCCCCAGAUGCAGCUGGAGGCCAUGUCCGGUUUCCUGGAACGGAGCGGGUUGAAGGUUGAAGACCUGGAUCAACUGAACAUUAUUCACGUCACCGGGACAAAGGGCAAAGGGUCGGUUUGUGCCUUCACAGAACGGAUCCUCCGUAACUAUGGCCUCAAAACCGGGUUCUACAGUUCUCCACAUCUGGUUCAAGUGCGGGAAAGGAUCCGCAUCAACGGGCAGCCCAUCAGCAAGGAGCUUUUCAGCAAGUACUUCUGGCAGGUGUACAACCGACUGGACGAGAGCAAGGAUUCCAGCAACAACGCCAUGCCGGCCUACUUCCGCUUCCUCACCAUCAUGGCUUUCCACGUCUUUUUGCAAGAAAAGGUCGACCUGGCUGUGCUGGAAGUUGGCAUCGGGGGCACAUAUGACUGCACCAACAUCAUCAGGAAACCCGUGGUCUGCGGGGUCUCCUCCUUGGGCAUCGACCACACCAGCAUCCUGGGGGACACCAUUGAGAAGAUUGCGUGGCAGAAGGGGGGCAUCUUCAAGCCUGGAGUGCCGGCGUUCACGGUGCCGCAGCCGGACCGGCCGUUGGCUGUUCUGAAGGAGCAAGCCCAGAAAAAAUCGAGCCCGCUGUAUCUUUGCCCUGACCUGGAUGCCUUCGAGGAUGACGAGGGGCCCCUUCGGCUGGGCCUGGCGGGCGACCACCAGCGCUCCAACGCAGCGCUGGCCCUGCAGCUCUCCCGCGUGUGGCUGGUGCGGCACGGUUACCUGGAUAUCGGGGACCUGAAGAGUCCAUGGCCAAAGCCAGAGCUGCUGGAGAAGAAAGCGCCCCCGCUGGCUCCCACUUUCAAGCUGAGGGAAGCAACGGUGCAAGGGCUGCAGGACACGGUGUGGCUGGGACGGAACCAGGUGCUGAGACACGGGCCGGUGAUGUGGUAUGUCGACGGGGCCCACACCACCAGCAGCAUCCAGGCCUGCAUCCGCUGGUUCCGCCAGGCCCUCAGCGAGGAGAAGCCGGCCAGUGGUUCCGAAGUCCGUGUGUUGCUCUUCAACAUGACGGGGGACCGCGACACAGCUGCCCUGCUCAAGCUCCUCCUGGCUUGCCAGUUCGACUAUGCAGUUUUCUGCCCCAAUUUAACCGAGGUGUCCACGGUGGGGAAUGCAGACCAGCAGAACUUCACCGUCACGCUGGAGAAUGUCCUGACCCGGUGCCUGCAGAACCAGAGCUCCUGGAACCGGCUGAUGGAGGCGAGGGGCAGCCAGGACCCCUGGCUGCCCGUCUCCCCGGAGGUGGAGGGGGUGGGGGGCUGGCUGAAGCCGGCCUCCCUGCACGGGCCCCUGCUCUUCGCGCCCCCCUUGGCCCGCCCCCUCAACGCCAGCUCCUUGGUCUUCCCCUGCAUCUCUCAGGCCCUGCAGUGGAUCGCCCAGGGCAGGGACCCGCAUGUCCAGCCCCCGCCCCCCCGGGGGCUGCACCCGCACCCCGUGGCCAGCAGCGGGGCCGUCCUGCUGAAGGAAGCGGCCGUCAUCCGGGUCCUGGUGACCGGCAGCCUGCACCUGGUGGGGGGCGUCCUGAAGCUGCUGGACCAGUCGCUUUCCCAGUAGCCGGAGCACCGCCGGGCUGGUGCGUGUGACCCGUCCGAAGCGGCAUGAACGGCCCGCCUGGAACGGCCCGCAAAGCAGAGCCCUGGCCCGCUGCCAACCGCCACGGCGGCCGGCCCAUCUUCCCUGCACCGCGAGGGCGUGCGCCACAGAGCGCUCCUUUCCUUCUCAGGCAGAUGCCGCCCUCCACUUCUGCCCCGGGCUUCCCCUCCAGCAGCCGGCGGGACUUGUGGGGUCGGUCCCUUUCCUUCCCUGUGGGGCUGCCUGGCCAGCCCAGCACCCCCCCCCCCAAGCAGAAACCCUCGGCCCCAGCGAGGGAUGCUCGGUUGCCUGGCGGCCGCUCCCCUCACAGUCCUGGGAGCAGCCAAGCGCCUCCGACUGGGGUCUCCGACGUGCCUUCGCCUCAUCGCCGCUGCCCUCGGCCAGCUCGUCUCCUGCAUCAUCCUCGCCCUCUCCCCCCACGGUGGGGUGGGUGCCUGCUGCUGCCUUCCGCCACCUUUCUGCCUCUUCUUGGGGGCUUCGGGCGGCUCUGGGGGGCUUCCCCUCAGGCAGCUCUCUCCCCUUUUAAAGCCCCACCCAAGCAGGGAACCUUUAGGCUGGGGUUUUGCCCCUGAAGUGCUUUUGCUGCUCACCAGGAGCAGGACGGGAUGGUGGUCCGAGUCAUCCGCCUGGGGCCCAGGGAUGCCGCCUUUCGUUCGGGGAGCUGAGUCAGAGCUGCGGGGUGGAUGCUGUUUCUGGCAUCCUGCAUCUGUUUGCUUGCUGAUUCGCACUUCUGUGCCGGAAGAAAUCCGGAUAUUUCCAUUCCGCACAUCCUGGGGUGCAUGUCAGUUUGGUAAAUCGCACACCAGUGUGAUUCGUCCUCCAUUUUGAUGUCCGCCCAGCAUGGGGGCAGGCACUGAAAUCAAAUAUGCUUUGGGGAACUUAAAAUCCUCGUGGAGGUGGCAAGGAAACGGGAAAUACCUCUUUCCACAUGGUUUUUACAGAGGCAGCCGCAGUUGGAGCUGCGACCUGCCCAGGUGAGCCUGGUGGGGCUUCCCACAGAACUAGUGGGAGCCUUCCGGAAGGGAUUCAUAGCUGACAGCCCAUUUGGAUGCCCGUGUUUAUGGCUUGCCCCCUAGGAAUUCCCAGACCUCACACAGAAAAAAACAGACCUCAUGCUAGCAGAGUAGCACAACCACUAGACUUCAGCUCUAUGCAAGUUCAGAAUGGCCAAAUCCAAAUUGUGGUCUUAACCGCAACAUUCUCCCCUCUGGGGUCUUCUCAGCCGAUCCGACAGGACCAAUGUGAGACCGGCAGCGUAACGGCAACCCACCCCGGGACCCUCGCGUGUUUUUCGCACACUGCUUCCUUUCUGGGCUUCGCGCACGCGCGCUUCCCUGUUCCACACGGAACAGUGAGGAAGGGAAGCUUAAUUGGAACCCAGCUUUCGUUCUGCACUGACCAAGUCAGCCUGAGCCCUGGCAGCUGGUGGGGUUGCCUCUUCACCUUCAGAGCACCUGUGGCAGGUGGUAAGAGGCCAAUUUUGAACAGUCCUCCUGCUCCCCCAAAGAACCGUUUCUCUUUUUCUGCCUCCCUUUUGGAAAGGGCAGGGAAUGUAAAGACUUGAGAAGUAAUUUAUCUCAGAAGGCUGGUUUUAUUUUAUUUUCCUAGGUUUUAAAUGAAAUCUAAUAGUUUUUAAAGUUUUACUUCAGGGAGCUAUUCCGUUAGAAAAAGCAAGUUUGGGGAUAUUGAGAACAUGCUCUAAAUAAAGAAUCAACUGGCUGCA